CUUAAGUGACCUUGAAAUGUACACUUUACAACUAUUGAUGAGCUAUUCGCGUUUACCUUUUAUUCAAUGAAAGACAGCUAUGAAUACACCAAUAUUUAUUUUCAAAACACUCAUUGUCACCAUAGUUAAUUUUUUAGUGAAUAAUGAUCAUCAUGCACUACCUAAUUAAGACAAACGAAUUCAACCUUUAAGUUUGCUUACUUUCGUCAUGAAAUCUAGACUGAGGAUCAACUAGGAUACUGCUAGAUAUGCAUAUUUCAUCCGAAAGUUCGAAACCACUCAAUGGAGAAAACGGUCCUUCACAUUUAAAUCAUUCAGAGAAUUAUUUGUUAACCAAUAACACCAUUUUACAUGAUAACGACGUUUUCGAAAAUCAAACUGAUUCAGAAGGUGAAUCACGUCUCAAAAAUAUUUUCAAGGCCGAUGAUCUAAGAAGCGAUGCCGAAGCAUCAGCAAAGCCUAAAUGUUCUUCGAAAGCACGUAUUUUUCUUCCAAGAGAUUUGACUUUAGAGUCAAAGCUUAUGUGUACAAACGCAUCAGAUGAUUUUUCUAAUCAGUCAAAACAACAACCAUGCGUACUUGGAUGUAAUUUGUGUAAUUCAGAAGAAACGCGGAGUUCAUUUCAUAAACAAAAUAAUGAGUGGAGUUAUACACAUGGAAACCAAAAAAGCGAUCAUUUUCGUCAACAAGACCAAACCAAUAAAAGUGAUCUAUUACAUAAACAAAUCAAUGAGUUAACUGAACGUGAAAGUUACAAAAUUAAGUGGAUUGAAAAGCGCAACGAAUAUGAAAGUGAAAUCAAAGAGUUAAAAAAGGCCAAAGAAAAGGCUACUCGGCAAAGUAUCAAGUAUGAAGAACAGAUAACCGAAUUAAAAACCAAGCUCAGCUCAAAACAAGAACAGAUACACAACUUAUUGAUUGAACUAGAACAAUCUAAUCAGAGAUUAAAUGUAAUUGAAACACAAUUUAACGCAUACAGAUCACAAACUUGUCAGAAUGAAGAGAAUUAUCAAAGGUUAUCGCGUGAAUUUGUGAUUAUGAAACAGUGUAAAGAGCAAGCAGAAUUGAAUGCAAAAAAUUGUGAAAACAAUCGAUUACUAUAUGAGAAACGAAUGAAAGAAUUGGAUGACAACUAUGAACAAAGUAAACAACGUUAUUAUGACGAUAUACAAGGAUUAAUGGAUCAAUUGGAUAUAGAACGUUCAAGGGCUGACGAACUCUUGCAAAAGAUUGAACAUAAUCGCCGUCGAAAUGAAGAACAACUUAAAACAAUCGAACAAACUCAACAGAAAAAACUAGAUACUCUGUUGGAAGAUGGUCAAAAAGAGUUAAGAACACAGUUAGCUAAAGCGAAUGAACAAAUUAAAGAGCAACAAAUAACAAUAUUUAAUCAAGAAUUAAAAAUUUCUGCAAUGGAUUCAGAUAAAAAUGAGCUUAUAAAAAUCAGUCAAAAAUCAACAGAUGAACAAUUAGAUCUUCGUGAACAAAUUAGGUUGAUUGAAAACUUGUUAACAGUAAAAGACCAAGAUAUUUCAAUGCUGCAAUUUGAAUGCCGUCUUUAUGCUGAUAAAUUAAAACAAACUGAACUGGAAAAAAUUCAUUUCAUUGAAAAAGAACGACUUAUAAAACAAAGAUAUCAAAACAAAGCCAAACGUGCAUGGGAACAAUGUCAGACUAUUCGUACACGUUUAAGUAGAAGACUUGUUAAUCUACGUUAUAACAGAGAUUUAUUAUCAAAACAUUUAAAGAAACAAUACGAACAAAUGAAUCGUUUGAAUAAUUUAUUUUGGGAAACUGGAUGGGCAUAUGUUCAAUCACAAAACUGUCUACAAAACAUCAAUAGACAAGAAAAGGUAUAUGUUGAUAAAGAAAUUCAAACAAUUUUAAUUACUAACAAGAUAAAACAACCUCAUAUGACUAUAGACCAAAUUGUACAGACUGACGCUACACAACCGGAUAAUGAUGCUAAAGAUGAUACAGUGAUAUCAUGCGCUAUCACAUGGAUUUCAAAUGAUUUAGACAAUUUGACAAGAAAGUUGGAGGAAUUGCUUAAAUAUCAAGGAAAAGAAAACUUCAAUAAUCAAGAGCUAGACAAUGAAGAAUUUCAUAUAGGAUUUAGUGAAAGAGUAUCUCUGAUUUCAGUGAUUCUUGAGUUAAAAUGCAAAGUGAAUUGGUUAAGAACGUGUUUUACUCAAUUAACAGGAUAUACUUUUAGGAAAAAUAGUGAAGUGAGUUAAAACUGUUUUUUCAGGACGAGUAUUGAAAAUUUAGGAAGAAAGUUGUUCAACGUGUUUUUUUUGCAGUUAUUUAGUAAAGGACAAUUAACAUAUUAUUGUGCAUGUCAAAAAUAGGAAAUAAUAGAGUACAUUGUAAUUAAUCAAUAAGAUAAAGAUGUAGACAAAAUUCCAGUAGUCAUUUUGUUUUGCAAUAUAUGGAAGGUAGGACAUUUCAUGAUAAAUCACUUAGUUGAAAAACAUAAUGACUAGCAAGAAUAACCAGACAAGAGGUUAUUUGCGCCCAUCAGAGUGUCGAUACACUAUAUACUCAUAUUGAUAAUCAAUGUAAUAUAGAUUGCAUAAAUUAUAUCAUUGCACGGAUAUUUUAUAUCCAGUAAUGCUUAUUAAAAGGCCAUAUCUUUAUCGUGCUUCUCAUUAACCAGAUAUUUAUUUCUUUUGCAACUGCGUAAUUGACAGAAAAAAAUAAUUUUUUUCGAAUUACCAUUUAUUGCACAAAUGGAAAUAAAACUACACUAAAAGCACCGGUCACUAACCACUGCUAGUAAAUUAACACAUAUAAGGUUUCUUGAUUUAUUUAAAAAUACGUAUUUGUUGACAUCAAAAGAAUAAAAGGAAGCACUGGUUUUUAAAACCUUACAAAAGUUAUUACAGUAACAUCGAAAACGUAAAGUCCAACACCUGAAACAAUGAGUGAACAUGUAGUCUAAUCUGAUAUUAUAUUGCUUUUAAAAAAUAUUUUCUAGACAAAUUAGUGUAUAUGUACAAACUGUUUGAAAGUGAUGAUAAGCUUGAACCCUUCCAUGAUAUUAACAGUGGAAUAAAGUUCUUUUCUUGUAAUGUAAAGCAUUAAAUCUUAUCACACCUUAUAGUAUUGGGUAGGUAAACCUUAAUUAAACAAAUAAAGUAUCUAAGUUUAAAGUCAUUAUUGAAAAAAAGUUUAGCAGUGCUCACCAAAUCCCGUUUGAAAAAAAAGAUAGGCUACUGAAGAAGUAUGGAUUAUAAAUUUAAGACAAAUAUAACAAUGUACAACGCGGCAUAAUACUUAAGGAAUUUAGUAAUAUCUAUUCAUGGACAUAGUAAUUAAUUCAAAUUACUAAGACAAUAAGGUGAAUAGGAAGCUGAAUAUAUACCUGAUAACAGAAACAUAAGUAUAUACAUAAAUGGUAACCUUACGUACGUUUUCUUUAGUUAUCAAACAAAAAUGACUUAACUAAAUUGAAAGAUAUUAAAAAGAAUUUUGAGAGUUCUACGAGAAACCUGAAGUUAUUGUUAAGUCAAAUGGAAACUGAUGCACUAGAAGACGAAUUAUCAUGUGUCGGUCAACUAGCGCAAACAACAGCAAAUCAACUGAAACUUAGUCACUCAAGACUUGAAGAAAAUUUGGACUCAAUAAGGACUGACCUU